UCCCGGUCGUUACCACAACAUACAAACGGGUGAACCACCACAGUCUGUUUGUGUGGAAUAACUUCUUUAAAUGGACUCCGUGCGAACCUUCGAGAUGUUAGCAUAAAUGCUAAAAGAAGUUAGCGGAGCUUGCUAGCAGGAAACAGUCUGAGACAACGCUAGCUGGAGAAGCUUCGAUAGAGACCAAAUUGUAUUUUUCAUGGACCCAAAAUGUCCAGAUGAACCUGUCUGAACAGACUCUGUGCUGUUCUCUUCAUCCGAAGAUGUUUAAAGUCGGAAUUAACUCCUGUUGUCCUGCGAAGCUAAUGCAGCUAACUUAGCUUGCUAGCUGGAAACAGACGGAUGUGACGUCUGUAAUUCAUCAGAGAGAAGAAACAGUUUUAACGCAGUGAGUCUGGAGGAAAAGCUGCUGUGAAUCAGUAAAAAUGUCUAAAGUCCAAACGCUGAGAGCUUUUGUGAAGCAGCGACUAACUGCGGCUGCUGAAGAGAUAUUUGAGCAGUUUGAAAGAACGAUAGCAGAGUACGAGGAGGAAGUUUGUCGACAACAGAAACUACUGGACGCUGUUUUCAAGCCUGAAGUCCGGUUACACAGAGCAGACGUCCAGCUGCUGUUGGUGAGAAAAGACGAGGAUCCUCCUGAGCUGCAGGACUGGAGAUCCAGUCUGGACCAGGAGGACCCAGCAGAGCUCCCUCUGAUUAAAGAGGAACAGGAGGAACUCUGGACCAGUCCAGAGGGAGAGCAGCUUCAAAGACUGGAGGAGGCUGAUAUCACCAAGUUCAUAUUCACUCCUGUCCCUGUGAAGAGUGAAGAAGAUGAUGAAGAGAAUUCGUCCUUACAGCUUCAUCAGAGCCAAACUGAAGUGAACAGAGAGUCAGAACAUUUGAAAUCAGAAUCAACCAAGAACUUUAAUCCAGAUCAUUUACAACCAGCUCCUCAUGACAAGACUUCAGACUCCUCUGAACCUGAGACUGAUGACAGUGGUUGUGAUUGGGAGGCGAGCAGGGAACCUCAGUCAGGUUUAAAGCCUCUGAAAAACAGUGAAAUACCUGGAAGUGAUCUGGAAGGUAACACUGGAAAAACAUCAAUCAGCUCCUCUGAAUGUGCUGCAAACUUUGGCCACAACGAGCAUCUGCAGAAACACAAUGAGAUCCAAACAGGAGUGAAACCAUUCAGCUGCUCAGUCUGUGGUAAAAGAUACCCCCAGAAAAACUCUCUAACUACACACAUGAGACUUCAUUCAGAGGGAAAACGUUUCAGCUGCUCAGUUUGUAAAAAAACUUUUCAGUGGAGAAGAGAUGUUGUGGCGCACAUGAGAAGCCACACAGGGGAGAAACCCUUCAGUUGCUCUGUCUGUGAUAUAAGAUUUGCUCGAAAGGAACAUCUGAGAAGACACUCGACCGUCCACACGGGGGAGAAACCCUUCAGUUGUACAGUUUGUGGUAAAAAAUUUGCACGAAAGUCACAUCUGAGACGACACUUGACUGUCCACACCGGGGAGAAACCAUUCAGUUGCAGCGUUUGUGAUAAAAGAUUCACUCAACUGGCUUAUAUGAAAAAGCAUAAGUGUGCUGGUGAGAGCAGUGGAAGUAAAUGAAACUGCAGAAGGAUCGCAGCAUUGAAGGCAGGUUUGGCUCUGAUCAUUUCAAAACUGUGAAGGACUCUAAUAAGUUGUGCCUCAUUUUGUCAUGUAAGGUGAAACCACAUGAUCAUUUUAAGUCUGUUUUUAUUUGUGUCUACCUUUUUUCUUCCUGAAACUGUGCUUUUUAGGAUUACAUGUAGGGCUGUGAACCAAACCAGUUGCUUAUCUGGAUAACCAAGAUAACCAAGUAAACUUUGUGGUGCUUGUUAGCUUUGAACAGAUUGUUCACUGAAAGCGGCUCACGCAGAGUCUUUAAAAAGAAAAAAGUUUUUGUUAAUGUCAGCAGUGUGUUAGUCCCAAUCUCACAACUUUCUGGAGUCCUUUGGUUUUACUUUUUACAAAGGCUCAGUUUUCUGAAACAGUUUGUAACUGUUUGUUUGUUGGGGACUAUUUUCAGCAGCAGACUAAUCUACAUUUUGUGCUGUAGUGACUGUUUGUGGCAGAAGGACGGUGUGUGAUUGAGUCAAAAUAAACUACAGUGUGUGUGUUCAUGGUGAUGAAGACACAUGUCAGCCGGUGCAACAGGUGCAAUAUUUCUUCAAUAUCCUGCUAUUUUGACAUCACAUCCAGAACGCUGCUCAAAAUCACUUCUUAUUUCCAGGAUUGACUGACUUUCAUUGGUGCUUGUGGACUGGUCCCCUUUGCCUUUACUCCUGUACUACCUGGAAGUGCAGGCCGAUUCAUUCCUGAAGCCUUGACUGCUAGCUGGUCUCUGAAAUAGCUAAACCUCGUCAUUACUGUUUGUGGACGCCGCCUGCCAGCAUACCUACAGUUACAGGACGGCUAAAGCAGGAGCUCAAGGACAAGGAAGAGCUAAUCCUGGUGUUUGCCCAAGCCAAACAUCUGUCUGCACUGGGAAGGAGCUAAGGUUUACUCUGAAACAGACUCUUAAAGAUGUGUGAGCUGCCUAGGUUUUUUGUCUGACGUCCAACUUUCCACUGUCUGUUUUACACCCACACCAUUCAGCCAUUGUAAGACUGAAUUUGCUUCUGUUAUCAUCUUCCUCGUGUACUGGAUGGGCUGGAUUUUUGGACUCUCUGAAGCAGCUUCUGAAAACACAUCUUUCCAGGUCUUUUCAUGGAUCUUCAUUCUGAGCUUUGUUUUUUGUUGUGCUUGUCGUCUGGUCCGCCUCUCACUGUGCUGUGUUUUAUAUUGUAUUUUUACCUUAUUUCUUCGUUCAUGUUUUUUCUAUUGUGUGUCGAGCACUUUGUAGCUAUGUUUUAAAAAGCGCUGCAUAAGUAAAGCUGAAGUCUGAG